AUGGCUUCUAGCAGUUGGAAGCAGUGGCUCCGGCUGAGUAGAAGGCAGCUUAAGCAGUUCAGGGAGACUUUAAAUGAGGAAAUUGAUGAACUUUUGGGUCAACGGCUUCCAAAUUAUCGGCAAUCAUUAGUAAGAGUUCCCGUACCAGUGCGAAAUGGAGCCAAAGAGACCUUCAAGAGGAACACUGGGCGUAGGAACUACCAUAACGUGUCGCAACGUGGAUUUAGAUCUGAAUUUGCUGGUAAAGACGUUUUUCCCGGGCAGAAAACAGGCGUAAACACAGCAUUUCAGGGGAAGUCGAUUUCAUUGGGGUUUGCUGACGUCCAAAGAAGACCCAAGGGAGUUCCACGCGGUCUGUUCACAAACUGGAACAUGAACACCGCCAGAUUUACUCAGGGAAGAUGCUAUUCGACUGCCAGUAUACGGAUAACGCAUGACGCUGUGCAAAACAUGUCAGUCGGUUUGAGAUGCUUUUUUAAUAUGUGGGACGAUUCGUUGAUGAACCCGGAAAAUGCGAAACACACUGACUUCUUGGGCUACCGUAUGCAUCAGAAGGACCGCUUGGCGUCUAUAAAUGUUUCCACUGCGCAUGCUGUGGAGGUGUACGAUAUGAUCAAGACUCACAGGCAGAUGGUCCCUGGUCUUGCUGAUGACGAGCAACUGGGCUGUUUUGUCGAAUUCAAGUUUCCAACACUUCACGAUGAAUCGAUGCCUGCUUUUAUCUUUGCGUGUGAUGGGUCGCUCAGCAGGUGGAAUCAGGAAAUUUCAAGAUUUGAGCUGCAGUUGAGAGAAAUUGAGAACUGCGUCCGAUGUAUACACCAGAAUUUCGGUGCGUUACCCGUUGCCUUUGACUCAAACAGCGUGAAAGUGCAUUUCCCCAAUUUAUCAACGCGGGAAUUAGAGUUGUUCUUACGUGACUUGGGCAUAACGCGAGGUGUGAUCAAGACAGACUCAGAGGUUCCACCGGCGAACCCUAUGCAGAAUGAGUACGUCCGGUACGAAACAGACGUCUCCAUUCUCUCCGAUUCUGAGACGGAAUCAGAUUUUACCGUGCUGUCAGAUAUCUAA